UGAAGGGGGCGGAGCUUCGCGCGAAGACAGGCCAAAAGACUUUUUCAGGGCGGGGCAAGUGGGGGGAGCUCCUAGCCCCGACCAUCCCAGCUAAGGUGAGAGGUAAAGCACGGAGCCGUUCGAGAUCGCUGCGCCUGAGAGAGAGGGCGUUGGAGCUAAGUUAAGUUCCUUAUGUCUUCCCCUGAAAUUUCUUCCCUCUCAUGGGGUCAAAUGAAAGUACAAGGCUCUACUAAAAUCUAUAAGGACUGCAAAGUAUGGCCAGGGGGAAGUCGGGCUUGGGAUUGGAGAGAAACAGGAACUGAGCAUUCUCCUGGUGUGCAGCCUGCAGAUGUGGAGGAGGUUGUUGAGAAGGGUGUGCAGAUCCUUGUGAUUGGCCGAGGGAUGAGUGAGGCCUUGAAGGAGUAAUCUCUUCAAAGGAUUCUUUUCAAAGACCUUCUUGUAUUCCUGUGUAGAAGACAGCAAGGCAAGGAAGAAGAAAGAAGACCAACACUGACAUGGCACUCACUAUGUACCAGACACUAGACCAAGGGUUUUCACAUGCCCUGCUUGCUACCGAUCCUUACUUGGGUAGAGUUAGUAUUAGCCUUGCUUCAUAGAAACUUGGAAAAGCCAAAUAACUGUACAAAAGGACAUGAAGGAACUUUUGGGGAGAAUGAAAAUGUUUUAUAUCUUAACUGUGAUGGUGGUUACACAGGUAUAUAUAUUUGAAAGAAUCUAUCUAACCAAAUUAGGACUGUUUAAAUCCCAACCUACUUCAGUGUACACACCUAUCUUCACAUGUAUACACACACGCACACAACCCUAAGCUCACAUGCCUUACCACGGCUAAUAAUUUCUGAUGCCUCCAUUUAUUCUUACUUUGGUCAAAUAUCAUUAAUAACUUUGAAGACUAAUUACACUUAGAACUAAAGCCAAGAUAAAGUCUUAUCCAGUGAGAAGGGCUCUCCUAAAUCAGAAGCCUAAAUUUAUAACAGAACUCUGCUGCAGAAGCUGACAGCCAGCUAUUGAGCUAGUUUAAUUGGUUUUCAGCUCAGCGAACUGAAACAGUUUUGGGGGGUACCAAUUUUGUAUGUAUUACACAAUGAAGUCAACCUUUGACUAAUUUGACAUUGACAAAAUGAAAUUAGCAUUAAAAAAAUAAUAUAAAAGUUUAUAUAAGAUCUGUGCUAAUCGAAUUAUUAAAAAACAAUUAAAAUCCUUGGGAUUCUAAUGCAAAUGGUUAUCCUAUCUGCUCUAAUUAUACAAUGAUAAAAGAAUUCUCCCAAGUUAAAAAAUUCAAAUUCCUAUAUGAGUUAACAAUUCUUUAAUUAGAGACAAAUACAAUUAUACUGCAGAGUACUAACUUCCCCAUUGCUAAGCAGUUGCACGAGACCAUGUAUUUUUCCACUUAUGGCCUCAAACGCUGGAUCCAUUAAGUGCAUCCUUAACAUCACACUCAUGAACAAAACGGAUUCAAACCAACCUUGAU